ACUGUUGCUCAGCCGGUUCUUGUACUUUGCUUUAGAGAUUGCUAAUAAGAAAGCCUGAUGUUGUAGUUUCCAUGCUACACAGUCUGGCUCUCAGUGAAGUGAGCUGGCUGGCUAGUUAGCCAAGUUAGCCAAUGAAGGUCAAUUAACUGUUUGGUGGAGAGAAUUUGUGGUAGUUCACCAAUUAGAUAGGUCGUUUUAGAGAUUAUCAUAUUUAGAAAGUAAGUGUGAAACGGGUCGUUGUAAGGUUACAAAUAGAGCGUCAAAGUUCCAAGCACGAUAAGCAGUAGUGUAUUGCCUCAUGCAAAGUCAGCCCAUGUAACGGUAGCUGUUACAAGAUGCAGACUAGCACUGGAAGACACUAUACCUUGACUUGCUACCUCUGCUUGGAAGAAAACACCACUUCACUUAUGAUGGUAGCAUCAUACAAACACUUAGCUAUCUUUGAACAGGGAAUUACGGAGAAAUUAUUCAAUUGAUAUUAAUGGACAGAAGCAGUAAAGAUUUUCAUCCGAUCAUGAAUGCCAGGUAAAUUGUUUCAUAAUCAGAACUAAAGUAAAGUAAUGGAUGAAAGGAAAAAUACAGAACAUAAUUGUGAAGUGCUGACUCAACAGUAGCGAAGUCACACGCCAAACCUCACCAUGUUCCUCACCCUGGCUCUGCUGAGGAAGGGCAUCUCGGGCAAGCAGUGGAUUGGCAAGUACCGGCGUCCGCGGCCCGUCACCUGGCAGAUGAAGCGCAACAUGCUGAAGCAGCUGGACCGGGAGGCGGAGAACGAGUACUGGCUCAGUCGGUCCUACAUGACCCGGGAGCAGGAGAGAGGCCAUGCCACGGAGAGGCGCAAGCAGAUGUGGGAAGACAUCCGGGAGGUGCGCUUCGUCUCCAGGUUCCCCGAGCACAAGCACCUGGAGGACCACCUGGGCCACCUUAACACCACCAAGACGUGGUCCAGCUAGAGACACUUGUGCUCAGUGAUCAAAGACUGCUGGUGGAUGGUUUUAGGACCGUAUGGGGGGCAUCAUGGACGCUGGGUUAUCUAUAUCAGAUGUAUGUGAUUGGGGGUGGUGGUUGAAAAUAAAUGUGUUUCGUUAUA